AUGAUACAAAAUAUUCGAAAUAUAGGGGUAGGAGAUGGACUAAGCGGGGCUGAGAGCACUCUUGAAAUUAUCGCAGCUGUAGUAGGCGUGAUCGUUACUGUGAUUAUCAUUGUCGUCUGUUGCGUGUGUCCAUGCUGCUGUAUUUACAAGAUGUGCAGAAAGCCAAGACCGGUGGUGGCAACUGCCACGCACACAACAGUGAUAAAUACACCAUACCCCCAACAACAACAAACACCUAACCAAGCUGCACAGUAUCCUGGUUAUCAGCCAGUGCCUGCACAGCCAGGGUUUGGUGGCCAAUCGGCAUAUGGAACACCAGGGUAUGGAGCACAGCCAGGUUACGGAGGACAGCCCAUGCCAACUGCUCCAUAUCAGGCACAGCCAUAUGCUCCAGAACUGCCUCCACCAUACCAGGAGGCUGCAGGCCCUAGAUAUCCUGCUCCAUACAGCCAGGCAGCAUUCAUUACAGGUCAACUGGCCUAUCCACUCCAACCUCCUGUUGCACCUCCACCAUCAGACUACAACACCAGCCAACCUGCAUACAACCCUGCUUACGUCAAACAGGGAAAGUCUGGGCACAGUGGGCAGUAA